AUGGCACGGUCAUCAUCACCAAUCCUCUAUCGUCGAGACGAUCCUUGGGCCGAAGAAAGGCAAGACUAUAACAUGGGUCUUCAUAUCGCCAGUGUCUUCAUCAUCCUCGCCGCCAGCACCAGUGGAGUCUUCAUGCCCGUCAUUGCCUCCAAGGUCCGCGCCCUCAGGAUAUCAGACCGCGUCCUGACCUUGGGAAAGCAGUUCGGCACAGGAGUCAUCCUCGCUACCGGAUUCAUCCACAUGAUGCCUACAGCCAUGGCAAACCUCUCCUCGCCUUGUCUGGGACCCAUCUUCUCUGAAAACUAUACCGCCUUUGGGGGUCUCUUUAUCUUGCUGUCUUCGCUCUUCAUGCACUGGAUCGAGUUUAUUGCAGUCGAGCACAACGAGCGGAGGAUGCGCGAAGCAGCGGCGAGCCAGGGGCUGAAGGAAAUCAACAUUGACCUGGGUGGUUUAGGAGCAACAGGUGUUGCAGCUGCCCCUUGCCCUGGCCACAGUGUGACUAUCGUCGAGGAGAGGCCCUGCCAUGACUCGUGCUCGUCCGUCACCUCGUGCGAUUCUGUCCACACCCCUCAGGAGGAUGUCAAGUACUCUGACUCGUCCAUCACCAAGACUGUCUCGAAUCACCAGCACGACCAUGCCCACCACCACCACGAUCACGACACCAAGCAGGCCGAUAGCCAUUCCCACCAGGACAAGAGUCAUCAUCACCAUACUCAGGAGGUUGGACACUCGCAUGCGCACGGACUGUCGUUGUUGGACGAGUCUCAGCGAAGGAUCUCGACCUAUAUCCUCGAGGCUGGUAUUGCGGCGCACUCUGUCAUCAUUGGUGUCUCUCUCGGAGUAUCGACAGGAUCCGAGUUUACAGGACUCUUGAUCGCCUUGGUCUUCCACCAGUUCUUUGAAGGAUUUGCUCUGGGGGCACGAAUUGCUGACCUGGCCUUUGACACCACAUAUACCCACUACAUCCUCGCCCUCAUCUUCUCGCUGACCACGCCCACUGGCGUCGCCAUCGGCAUUGGCAUUUCAAGCAGCUACAGCGCCAACUCCAAGUCCUCGCUGCUGGUCGAGGGCAUCUUUGACUCGAUUUCAACGGGAAUCUUGCUCUACAUGGGCUAUGUCAACUUGUUGGCCAUCGAAUUCAACUUGAACGGCGAGAUCAGGAAGCAGUCCAAGAAAAUCAAGUCUCUCUGCUUCUUGGCCCUGUGGGCAGGUGCUGCCGUCAUGGCUAUCAUCGGACGCUUUGCCUAA